GAGGCUGCUUGUCCUAGGGCCUUCGUCAGAGUGAAGUGGUCGGGAGGAGCUGCAGCCCCUCCGCGCCGGAGAGCAGCGAGGUGCUGGAGCAGGAGCCAUGGGAGCGCACCUCUCCGUGGCAGAUGAGAUGAAGCUCCUCUUCCUCCUCUUCCUCCUCGGGCUCAUCACCAGCUCCUUGCAGAUUGAAGACAACAAGAUCCCUGGGCUGUGCUCAGGGCAGCCAGGCAUCCCGGGGACCCCAGGGCUGCACGGGGGUCAGGGUCUGCCAGGCAGAGACGGACGAGACGGCCGGGACGGGGCGAUGGGGAUGCCAGGGGAGAAGGGCGAGAUGGGCCCUCCUGGAGUCCCCGGUCCCCGCGGGGAGGUGGGCAGCCCCGGCAGGGAUGGGAUGUACGGCGAGAAGGGGGCGCAGGGCGAGUGCGCGGUGGCUCCGCGCUCAGCUUUCAGCGCCAAGCGCUCCGAGUCGCGCAGCCCGCCGCAGCCCGACCAGCCCAUCCGCUUCGACGUGGUGCUCGUCAACGAGCAGGGCCACUACGACCCUGCCACCGGCAAGUUCACCUGCGAGGUGCCCGGCCUCUACUACUUCGCCGUGCACGCCACGGUCUACCGUGCCAGCCUGCAGUUCGACAUCAUGAAGAACGGCCACUCCGUCGCCUCCUUCUUCCAGUACUACGGCAACUGGCCCAAGCCUACUUCGCUCUCGGGGGGGGCCCUGGUCCGCCUGGAGCCCGAGGAUGAGGUGUGGGUGCAGGUGGGCGUGGGAGACUACAUUGGCUUCUAUGCCAGUGUCAAGACAGACAGCACCUUCACCGGCUUCCUCGUCUACUCCUACUGGCAAAACUCUGCCGUCUUUGCCUGAGCCUGCCCCCGGCAGCGGCCAGGGCCAGGACCUGUCCCUGUCUUCAGCCAUGCGCUGGGGAGCUGGCACAUUGGGGCCCCUGCCCUGCUUCUGCCACUGGGUGCAGGGCAGGGCUGUGGCCCCUCUGCUGCCUGGCGGGUGGUGGGGAGCAUCCCUUCAGCAGCGCUGCGCUGGAGCUCAGUAUUAUUACCUCUGGUGCCAGGCUCUGAAGCAAGAUGCCCGAGCCAGGUUGCUGCAGUAACCUGGUUGUUGUAUGCUACUCACCACAGCCACCUGGGCACACAGCCUAGCCCCACCGGUGUGGGCACAAUGCCCCGGCCAUGCUGCCAGCUUCUCCCCAUGUGCAAAGCGAGCUGGGCUGCCUGGCCGCUGGCACGGCGAGGUGCCCGCUCUUGGCAUGUCCCAGGACUGGCAGCUGUCCUUCCUGUCACCCCACUCUCUGCCUGCCAGCCGCCUCCCCCUGCCCCCUCACCCUCGAUACCUCCUCGGCCAUACCCUCAAUAAACAGCUCCUCAGCCACA